GCUACACACACGAUCGCAAUGAGUUCCUCUGCAAUCCAGUCACCGUUCCACCAAGACUGCCUGCGAGGAAGAGUCGCGCUUGUGACUGGUGGCGGCUCUGGGAUCGGCUUCCAAAUCGCCAGGCAGCUAGGUCUCCAUGGCGCGAGCGUGGUCAUCAUGGGCCGUCGCGAGAAGUUCCUGUCGGAAGCAGUCGACCAGCUUCGCGCUGACGGCGUGGCGGCGUCGUUUUUCACGGGUGACGUGAGGUCAAGAGAAAGUGCCGAGGCCUCGGUGGCAUUCACGGUGAAGACCUACGGCCGGAUGGACACCCUCGUGAACGGGGCGGCCGGAAACUUCCUCGCCAAUGCGCACGAGCUUAAACUCAAGGGCUUCAAGACGGUCAUGGAGAUCGACACGGUGGGGGUGUUCAACAUGAGCUCGGCGGCGUUUCCGGCUUUGCGGGAGUCCGGCGCGGGCACCAUCAUCAACAUUACCAUGACGCUGCACUACGGCGCGACCUGGUUCCAGGCCCACGCGUCUGCCGCGAAGGCCGCGAUCGACUCUCUGACAAGGCACGUGUCCUUGGCUAUGGAAUGGGGUUCUUACGGCAUUCGGGUCAACGGCAUUGCCCCGGGGCCGAUCGCCGACACACCGGGAAUGGCGAAGCUCAGCGUGGGUCUCGGACGCGAUGAUGCCAACAAGCAUAUUCCCUUGGGGCGCAUGGGGACCACUUUCGACAUCGGGAUGGGUGCGGUUUUCCUGGUGAGCUCGGCGGCGUCGUACGUUUCGGGAGACACACUGGUGGUGGACGGGGCGGAAUGGAUGUACAAGGAACCCCUGCUGAAGCCCGAGGCCGUGAGUCGCAUGUCUCGAGCUGUCGAGCAGCGGAGUAGAGCAAUGGGACCCACCAGCAAGCUGUGACACCACUUACGAAUGCCCGCCCCGAUACAGGACCCAGCAGCGGCGCACGAGACCGCGUGUUGGACUGUUUCGUCAUGUUUUCAGUGGCCUCUCUUGUCUCUCUCAUGCUUUCCUCCAAUGGACGGUUCCUGUGUCUGGUAUAUCUAGAGCCUUUAGCGACCAAGAGCGGUGCGAUCUACGAAACAGCACGGACUGCUGUGGUGUAAGAAGACACCAAGACAGAAAAGCACUCGCGUUCACUAUUGUGCACAUGCGGUAGGGGAUCCUAGUGCCGCGUAGGGGUGUUGUGCAAGCGACAUCACCAUGACAUCACCAUGACAUCACCAUGACAUUUCCCUAAUCUUUUCGGCCGCACGAACGGUAUCCACGCCUUGCUGAUCUACCGUAGUUAUUGACGUUACUAUCGUCAAACGUUGCCGGGAGCUGACAGGCGUGCAGAAGACCGGGAGUUUGCGGGGGCACCGUUCGUGCGGAAGUCCUUUGACGUCUUGAAGCAAAUUCUCUUGAGCGUGCGCUAUCCUUUCCAAACGCACCGGUUUCCUUUCCACGUCCUUCAGGGCGAAAACUAGAGAGCUAGAAACGAUGGUGGGAGGGGAAUUGUGCUCAUGAGCGGGGA